AUGUCCUUUUGGCCGUUUUCACAAUCAACUGAAGAUGCCAAUAUUAAUAAAAUAUUGGAUGAAUAUUUCACUUUGAUGGAUGAUUUGAAAAAACUGAAUCUGCUCGAGGAAAAUAAUCAAAAUACUCUCGAUACUGGCAAUGCUCUAGAUCGUAUUAUAGUUCGAAAAGAAAACAAUUAUAUUGAUGAUAAUGUCCAUGAUACUGCCAUUCAAAGCACCGAUGAUGGCAAGAAAGAAGAACGAAAAGAAGGGGAAGAUCCAAAUUCUGGUACAGAAACAGAAACAGAGGAAGAUGAACAUGAACACGAUGAGGACGAGGACCGAGAAAGCUAUACUAACGAACCUAAAGAAAUUAAUAGGAAAAGAAAAAGAAGGCAAGAUUCAAAAUCUACUAUACCUGAUAACUUACAAGAAAACUUAAGCAUAUAUGACCUGGACAAUUCAUUUUUAGAGAGGAUCUUAGAAGAACCUACAUUAUUGAACGAAUUAAAUAGACAAAAUGCCGCAUUGUUAGAUUUUAUAUGUUUUGGAUUUUAUUUUGACAAAUUCUCAAACAAACUUGUCAAGAAUAUAAAAUAUCUUAUCGAUGAAUUAUUAAGUUGCAUAAAUGGACUAGGAACAACAGGUCCUACAGAAAGCACGAGACCGUCAUCAUCCUCCUCCUCCUCCUCCUCCUCGUCAUAUUUCCUACUUAAAGAGCAUGACGAUAAUUCCACUCGUAAUCCGAAUUUAAUAGUACAACAGUUAGAAGCUGAAAGUAAAGAAACAACUUUAAUAGAAAGAGCAAAUAUUAUAUCUGAAAUACUUUCCAUGGAUACAUGGUUAAUAACAGAAUCUUUAAUUAAGAAUAAAGAUUAUCUAAAUCAAAUCUGGUCAAUUCUUGAAAAUCCAAAUUUUGAAAAUGAAAGAUAUCCCUUAUUACCAAUUUAUUUAAAAAUCAAUGAAAAUUUAUUAUUAACAAGACAAGAUCAAUAUCUUAAUUUUAUUCGUUCCAAAAAAACAUUAGCAGAUGAUUUCUUAAAUCAUAUAGAAAUACCUUUAAUGUUAGAUUUCUUCCUAAAGAUACUUUCCACAGAUAAAUUGGAAUCCCCCACGGGAAUACUUGAAUUGUUAGAUGAUCAAAAAUUGAUUCAAAAAUGUCUGAAAUUUCUAGAUAAUGAGAAAUAUGAUUCUGGUAUUCAAGCUUGUGCUUGUGAUUUCGUUAAAGCCAUCAUAGCAAUUUCAGCUAACGUUCCAUUAGAUGAUAUGUCCAUUGGACCGAACUGCCUCACAAGAAUGUUGUCAUGUCCGGAAAUUGUAGAUCAAUUAUUAGACUUGAUCAUUAAUGAACGUGGUGCUGCAUUAAAUAACACCAUUACUAUAGUAAUAGAAUUAAUUAGGAAAAAUAAUUCAGAUUACGACGAAAUUAAUUUACUGAAUACUUCAAUAAAGAAUAACUUCCCAUCAAAUAGAGAUCCAAUUUAUCUCGGUUAUCUCUUGAAGAAAUUUUCAAACAGAUUAGCUGAUAUUUUCCAAAUAGUCAUAGAUAUUGAAUCAGAUUCUUUAAAUAAUUUGAAAAUAAAUCAAUUAAACCAAUCUUAUAAGCCAUUGGGGUUUGAAAGAAUUAAAAUCGUGGAAUUGAUUGCUGAAUUAUUACAUUGCUCUAAUAUGGGAUUAAUGAACUCGAAAAGAGCUGAAAGAAUUGCAAAUAAGAGAGCUCGUGUUAGAUCUCAAUUACCACAUAAGUUACAAAAUGCAUUACAGGACUUAGUCAUUGGCACGAAGAAUCCAGCUAGAACAAGCAACAAGCAUGAGAAUGAAGAUAGGAAAUCAAAUUCAAGUUCCAAUUUAAUUCACACAAUUGAUAGUAUCCCCACUAAUGAAGCAGAAAUGAUCGAGAAUGUUUCAGAUGACAGUGUUGCAUUUGAUGAUAGUACUGAUCAAGACGUAAUAGACGAAUUAGAUGAGACCGACGUGGAAGAUAGCGAGGAAAUUGACGAAACGUUUGACAUUCCAUAUAUUAAUCAUAACCAGAAUGAUAAACUACGAAAUAACCCAACAGGAGGUGACUUGUUCAAGAUUAAACUUUAUGAUCUUCAAAUAAUUCCCAAGAUAAUCAACUUAUUUCUUGAAUACCCCUGGAAUAACUUUUGGCAUAAUGUGGUUUUUGAUAUUAUACAACAAUUGUUCAAUGGUAGAAUGGAUUUCUCUUAUAAUUCCUUUUUAAUAUAUUCUUUAUUUAAUCUGGGAAAAACUGCACAAUUCGUGGACCGAAAAAAUGGGUCUACGAAACUGGCAUCAACUAAUUUUAAAAUCACCAGAGAUUUUAUUUUACGUGGGUAUCACGAUUCAUUUAAAUUUUAUGAGAAAUGGAAUACCAACUUGGGGUUUAUGGGUCAUCUAGUCUUAGUAGCAGAAGAGAUUGUCAAGUUUUCAAAACUUUACAAAGUUGAACUAAUAUCACCAGAUAUUCAAGCUGUAUUACAAGAGGAGGAUUGGAUUUUUUACAUCGAUGAAGUUCUUAAUGAUACGAGGAUUAUGUAUUCUAAAAUCCUUGGUGGUGGUUCAUUUAUUGACGAUGGUAAUGGCAACAUCGUACCACAUUUCCCUGAGGCACUAAAUGAAAAAGAUGAAAGAUUGAAUACAGAAGUUUUCUCUUCAGAGACAAAGACAAACGACGAAUCAAGUCCAAAUAUUGAAACUCUUGAAGAACAAUUAAUCUUAUCUACAGAGUUCGAUUUACAUUCAAAACUAAGAGAUAUGUUGAUAGAAAGAUGUCAUGACGAGGGUGCUUCUAUGUCUAAUACAACAGCGUCUAACUGA